UGCUCAAGAAAAAAUGGCGAAAAUUUUGUGCAGAUUUAAACUUUCCAUGCAGUUUUUAUGUGGWAAAAGAAACAGUUUGGAAUUAUAUCCUAUACGGCAAUUAUAUUUGUCAACACAGCAAUAUCCUCGCGGUAGUUUUUCGGUUUUAAGCCAAAACUGGAGGCGCUGGAGGAGUCUGAAUGAAGCACCUCGGUUUUGCAAGUGGCUUGGGAGUUCCUCAAAAACCCCGCUAAAAAUUCAUCCACAAGUUCGGAAUUAUUCACAAAAACCAGACCAUAUUAGCCAAGGCCCAGAUUCUAUUCACAUUAGUGCUGCAAGUGUCGUUCAAAGGCUUCAUGAACUAGAGGAAAGGAUGCGUGUAAAGGGUUAUAAUGUGCUACGUUGGGGCUUGGCUGCCAUUGCUGUCUUGUUAGCAACGGUUUAUCUCUUUAGGGAAGAAGUACGGGAAAAUGUCGCAGAUGAAGUUGCAGGUGUAGCAAGCCGAUCUUUAGGUGAUGAGAAUGUAGUGAAUAAGGCAAAUGAAAUAACCAAGAUCGUACUGCAAGAUAUCAUUAAUGAUCCAGAAACCUCACGCCUUGCAAGCGACUUCAUCACAAGUGUUCUAAACAGAGAAGAUUUAAGGAGCUCUGCCRUUGAUUUAACUCUCUAUGUGCUGAGAGAUCCUUCAACGAACCAAAAAGUAUCUGAUCUUGCAGCUGUGACUUUGAGAGACUUAUUAAAUAGAGACGAAAUAAGGUCCUUAUUACUAAGGUAUAUUAAAGAGUUAGUKCUUGAUGAAAGUACAAGGGCAGCUUGUACCCAGAUGAUAAAAAGCCUUCUUGAGGACCCAAAACUAAAAGAAUUCAUGGCUGAAUCUUUAGCUAAUUUGGUAAUCUCUUCUGUUGUCACAAGCAAGGCUGUUGAACUGGGAAAGAAUGUCACACACCAAGUAGUUCAGGAUACAACAAUCCAAAAAGAAACUGGUGAUGCGUUGUGGAAAGUUUUUAAGGAUUCUGUAACCCCUUCUUGGUUUAGCAAUAAAUCCCCAUGACAGUUCCAAAAUUAUGCAAAUGUUUCAGAGGUUAGGGUUUAAUGUUUUCCCUUCAAAUUGAUGGGCCCAGAAGUUAAUAUUUUUAACAAUAAAGAGGAAAAAGAAUAGAGUUU